GGUCGCGCUGCUCGCUUCCGGCGCCCUCCGCGCCGCGGUGGGCGCCCGGCCCGCCGCCACCUGGCGGAGCCUGGGGCGGGCGCGCGCCGCUGGCGGAGGCGGAGGAGGCGGCACGCCGGCGGGUGCCCGCAAGCUCGUGGCGCCGGCGGGUGCGCCGUCGGCAGGGCGGCCGCACCUGCGGCUGUGCGAGGCGCUGGCGCUCGCGGCGAGGCGGUCGCCCCGCGCGGCGGGCGAGUGGCAGUGCCCCCUCGUGGAAGAGGUGAAGCCCGAGACGGUACCCUACUUCCAAAAGCUCCACGCCGCCAUAGUCGACGGGAGCGGUGACUUGGAAGGCUGUCGCAACAACUCGGCACAGGAGCACUACGUCCAGGAGUUCGACGAGGCCUUUGCCCAGCAGAGAUGGAUCAUGAGGGCGUGGAUUUGGACUCGAUGAUCGCGAAGAAGAGACUUGGCGACGGUCUUUCGGAGCCAUGUGCCCGAGCGGAUGGGCCGGGGCCCCGCGGUCGGGCCUGCCCAAGAGCAUCACCGCCGAGCCGAGGAUCCACUUGGCCGAAGUCGGCAACGCACUCGCCUGCCCCUGUGCAAGCACACACCCCACUGCUAUGUACAGCCGGUUUGCCACGCACCUUUCCCGCACUGCCAGCAUCUCCGCCCCGUGCUCGGGGCGGAAGCGCGACGGGCCUUGUCCGUCUCGUCUCCGCUUCCCGUGUUCGGGGCGGCAGUGCGACGGGCUGGCGGCGUCGCUUGAGGCGGGGCUAUCUUUCUUCACGGUUGUAUCCUCGCUUCUCCCGCCCUCAUCCCGCUUCCCUCGGCAUUCCCCCCUGCUCCCUCAAUGUAUUC